AUGGACGCCUCACAAGUGGUCGAGGCCGUGUCCAUUCUCUACACCGAUCCCUCCCCGGAUCGCAAGUCGCAGGCCAACGCAUGGCUCACCUCCUUCGCCGCAACUCCCGCCGCAUGGGGCGUCGCCGCGAGUCUCGUCGAGUCAGCGCAGUCAAUGGAAGUCCGUUACUUCUGCGCCAAUCUCCUGCUUUCGAAAGCGCGUUCCGAUCUCUCUGCUCUCCCCCCAGAUUUGCGCGCGGAGCUCGGCGCGCAUCUGCUGCGCCUCGUCGCGUCCUACAUGACUAAUAGCAGCGUGCCACCUGUCGUUCUCUCUCGCGUCUGCCUCGUCGUGGCGGCGGUCGCGCUGCGGUCGGCCAAUCAGCACGCGCUGAAUGCCAGCACGCUAUUGGACGUCGUGCUCCGCGCCGCUGACGUGGCGGAGAAGAGCGAGGGGGGGGCUGGGCCACAAGGGUUGGGGGGCGGGGGCGGGGGAGGGGGAAGCGCAAGCGACCAGGCGCUGGCGGUGGUGGUGGCGGUGCUGCAGGGGGUGGCGGAAGAGGCGGAGCAGCUGGACAGGCGGAACACAGAGAUCACCCUCGCGCUCAUCCGGACGCGCUUCCCGGACCUGCUUCAAAUCAUCCAGACCUACACGCAGCGCCACAGCUCCUCCCUCUCCGCGCCCUCCUUCCCCCCGCACCCCCCGCCCCUCCUCUCCGCCUUCCUCCGCCUGCUCCUCACCUGGCUGCACCUCGACUUCGCCUCCGUGGGCCAGCAGCCAGUCACAGCGUGCCAGCUCAGCACCGCCUUCCCCUUCCUCUGGCACUUCAUUCUCCGCUCGCUCGCAUCGCCCCACCCGCCUGUCGCUGCCACCAGUGCUGAUAUUCUUGUGGCGCUCGUCAGCCAAUCAGAGUCACAAGGCCCCGGCCCGGCACCAGACAGACGCAUGAGCACCAUUCAUGUCUGCCGUGGCACAGUCAGUCAGGCACAGUCAGGCCAAUGGUCGCACGAGGCCAGGCGGGCGGUGCAAAGGGCACUGAGCGCCGUGGCACUGGCUGUGGCAGAGGAGCACCCAGAGGCGCUCACGGACCCGUGCACCCCCGAGGCUUCAUCCCUUCCUCCACUUCCCCCACUUCCCCCACUCCCUCCCUCCCUUUCUACCGCUCUCCCCCCCCAGCACCGGUCAGGCCAAUGGACGCAUGAAGCCAGGCGGGCGGUGCAGAGGGCACUGAGCGCCGUGGCAGUGGCCGUGGCAGAGGAGCACCCAGAGGCGCUCACGGACCCGCCACCAGACGCAUCAGCACCUGUCAUCUCGUCCGUUUUGAAGGCCCUGUUAGACGCGUGGGACGUGGCCCAGGCACAGUCAGGCCAAUGGUCGCACGAGGCCAGGCGGGCGGUGCAAAGGGCACUGAGCAGCGUGGCAGUGGCGGUAGCAGAGGAGCACCCAGAGGCGCUCACGGACCCGCGUGCGCCCGAGGGCAUGGCUGUGGGGGAGGUCGUGCUGGCGUUCGCUGCAGGGGGCGGGGGAGCGUGGGGGGGUGGGGAGGGCGGCGAGGGGGAGAGCGCGGAGGAGGUGGAGGCGAGUGCAGACGGGGUGGUGGAGUUCUUCUCAGCGGUGAAUAUAGUGCCGGUGAACGAGAGGAGUGAGGGGUACCGAGGACCGCUCUUCUUACGGCUGGCUGAAGUGUUGACCACCAAGGCAGCCUAUCCGCCGUCGUUCACAUCGUGGGCCGACAACCAGGAAGAUGCUGAUGCCUUCUACCGCUUCAGGGACCAGCUAGCAGCGGACGGGUUGCACAUGGCGUUCGGGCUGCUGCCACUGGAGUACAUGGAUCGUGUGGGGGCGUCCCUGCAGGUGGGUGGGUGGGGGGAGCUUCUUGCAGGGACCGUGUGGGGGGCGUCCCUGCCACUGGAGUACAGGGACCGUGUGGGGGGCGUCCCUGCCACUGGAGUACAGGGACCGUGUGGGGGGCGUCCCUGCCACUGGAGUACAGGGACCGUGUGGGGGGCGUCCCUGCCACUGGAGUACAGGGACUGUGUGGGGGGCGUCCCUGCCACUGGAGUACAGGGACUGUGUGGGGGGCGUCCCUGCCACUGGAGUACAGGGACCGUGUGGGGGGCGUCCCUGCCACUGGAGUACAGGGACCGUGUGGGGGGCGUCCCUGCCACUGGAGUACAGGGACCGUGUGGGGGGCGUCCCUGCCACUGGAGUACAGGGACCGUGUGGGGGGCGUCCCUGCCACUGGAGUACAGGGACUGUGUGGGGGGCGUCCCUGCCACUGGAGUACAGGGACUGUGUGGGGGGCGUCCCUGCCACUGGAGUACAGGGACCGUGUGGGGGGCGUCCCUGCCACUGGAGUACAGGGACCGUGUGGGGGGCGUCCCUGCCACUGGAGUACAGGGACUGUGUGGGGGGCGUCCCUGCCACUGGAGUACAGGGACCGUGUGGGGGGCGUCCCUGCAGGUGCGAGCGAGAGCAGGGGACUG